AGUGUAAGACAGGGUCAACGUGUGUCCAGCUCUGUGUCUGUGAAGACUGACCAGUCAAAAGAAGACAUGCCAAACUUCAGUGAGACAAAAAAAACACCACCUGACAAAAGGCUUCAAUAUGAGACAUUAAAUUCAGAUUUCCAGACUCACAGGAAGCACAAGACUUUCAAAGACAAUCUUCUAGUGAUUUUUCAGGAUCUUGAGAGCAAAAUAAUCACAUUCUUGAAGAAUGAGUUUGAAAAGUUUAAGAAAAUCUUAAAAAAGGAGAACUUGCAGUCUUUAGUGAAAGACUUUAAUGAGAACAGAUGCAGCAUCAAAGAAGCAGCUCUUGAUCUCACACUCUACUUCCUGAGAGAGAUGAAGCAAAAUGAAGCUGCUGAUACUCUAGAAGAUGAUCUUAUCUUCAUUCAUCAGCUAAAAUGUAGCCUGAAGAAAAAGUAUAAAUGCGUAUUUGAAGGAAUUGCAAAGCAAGGUGACUCAACACUUCUGAAUAACAUCUACACAGAUCUCUAUAUAACUCAGGGUUGUAGUGAACAGGUCAAUACUGAACAUGAAGUAAGACAGAUUGAAGUUACUUCCAGACGUUCUGAAUCACAGGAAAUACCAGUUGAAUGCACAAACAUGUUUGAAACACCUGAAACAAGACAAGCAGAUCAGAACUGUACUGACAAAAGGAGUUGCUGGCAUCGGAAAAUCAGUUCGUGCAAAAGUUUGUUCUGGACUGGGCUGAAGGAAAAGAAAAUCAAGAUAUCAGCUUCAUAUUUCCUUUACCAUUCAGAGAGAUGAACUUAAAGGAGAAAGAAACACAAAGUUUGAUGGACCUUAUAACUCAGUUUUUCCCAGAGACAAAAGGACUGAACCUUACAAGGAGAAAUAAUUUCAAAGUCCUGUUCAUUCUUGAUGGAUUGGAUGAAUGUCGUCUUCCUUUGAACUUUGAUGGUAAUAAAACAUGGUCUGAUGUAUCAUCACAAGUCUCUCUGGAUGUUCUCCUCACAAACCUCAUAAAGGGAAAUCUGCUUCCUUCUGCUCUCAUCUGGAUCACCACCAGACCAGCAGCUGCCAGUAAGAUUCCUCCUGACUGUAUCGACCAGGUGACAGAGAUACGAGGAUUCAAUGAUGUACAAAAGGAGGAGUACUUCAGAAAAAGAUUCAAAAAUGAGAAUCAGGCCAAAGAAAUAAUUGAUCAUGUUAAAAAAUCUAAAAGUCUUUUUAUCAUGUGCCACAUCCCAGUCUUCUGCUGGAUUUCAGCCACUGUUCUCCAGAACAUUUUAGAUGAGAGAAGGAGUAAUGAUGUGAGAAAUCAGGCUGGUGACAUCUCCAAAACACUGCAGGAAUCAAAUGCCGAAGACACUCCCAAGACUCUGACACAAAUGUACACACACUUUCUCCGCUUUCAGAUCCAGCAGAGCCGUCGAAAGUAUGAUGGAGAAUACACAUUAAAUAUUUCCUGGGAUGAAAAGGCUAUUUUUUCGCUGGGAAAACUUGCAUUUCAUCAGCUGGAAAGAAACAACCUGAUCUUCUAUGACACAGAUCUGGAAGCCUGUGGUAUUGAUGUCUAUAAGGCAUCGGUGUAUUCAGGCAUGUGUACCCAAAUCUUUAAGGAGGAAACAGGGAUCAUUCUUGGCACCACUUUCUGCUUUGUUCACUUGAGCAUUCAAGAGUUCAUUGCAGCCCUUUAUGCACAUCUGUUUCUAGACAUCCAAAAGCAAAGUGUGUUUGUUCAAGACUCUAUGAAACAGGAAAAACAUGGAACCAUGAUUGAUUUGCUCAAGACUGCAGUAGACAAGGCACUCGAGAGUGAAACUGGACACCUGGAUCUAUUCCUUCGCUUUCUUCUCGGUCUGUCACUCCAGACCAAUCGGCUACUCUUACGAGGUCUGGUAACUCAGCAAGACUGCAGUGACCAGAGCAAAAAGGAAAUAGUUGAGUACAUCAAGCAGAAAUUUGAAGCUAAUCUCUCUCCAGAGAGAUCCAUCAAUCUGUUCUACUGUCUGAAUGAACUGAAUGAUCAAACUCUGGUGAAAGAGAUUCAGACCCACCUUAGAGAAGGAAGUCUCUCAUCUGGUGAUCUUUCACCUGCCCAGUGGUCUGCUUUGGCCUUUGUGUUGUUGACUUCAGAGGAAGAGCAGGAGGAGUUUGAGCUUCAGAAAUUCAAGAAAUCAGAUGAGUGUCUCAUUAGACUAUCAGCAGUCAUCAAAACCUCCAAAAGAGCACUGUUAAAUGAUUGUAAUUUAACAGACAAAAGCUGUUCAGCUCUGGCUACAGUUCUUGGGUCAGAUACCAAUCUGAAAGAGCUGAACCUGAACAAUAAUAAUCUGCAGGAUACAGGAGUGAAGCUGCUCUGCUCUGGACUGAAGAACAUGCAGUGUAAAUUGGAGAUACUGAGACUUUCAGACUGCAGUAUCACUGAAGAAGGUUAUAAAGCUCUGGCUUCAGCUCUGAGAUCAAACCCUUCACACCUGACAGAGCUGGAUCUCACAGGAAAUGAUCCUGGACAAUCAGGAGUGAAGGAGCUCAGUGAUUUACUACAGGAUCCAAACUGUCAACUGAAAACACUGAGGUUUUUGGGUUCUGCUGCAGAAGAAGCCUGUAAAUAUCUGACUGAAGUUCUUUACAUUAAAAACCCGUUACUCCUGAGAGAACUGAAUCUGAGUAAACAUGUACUAGGAGACACACGAGUGAAUCAGAUCACUGCUCUACUGCAGGAUAAACACUGUACACUCAACACACUGAUGUUGAAGAAUAGCAGUAUUACAGAAGAAGGUUGUGCUGCUCUAAUUUCUGCGUUUGAUUCAAAUCCUUCAAACCUGAUAGAGCUGGAUCUGAGUGGAAAUAAAGUAGGAAACUCAGGAAUGAAGAAGAUCUGUCUUCUGUUGAAAAAUCCUCGAUGCAAAUUCGAGAAACUGAAACUUUCAGACUGCAGUAUCACAGAAGAAGGUUAUAAAGCUCUGGCUUCAGCU